AUGGAAAAUUUCUUAAAAUCCAAGGAGUAUUGGAAUAUUGUUGAAUUCGAAGUGGCAAAACUGGAUGUUGGAGUGGUACCUUCAGAAGCACAGCAAAAGGAACUUGAGGCAUCAAAGUUGAAAGACUUAAAGGCGAAGAAUUACUUAUUUCAGGCCAUUGAUCGAUCUAUUUUGGAGACUAUUCUUUGCAAAGAAAUCUCCAAGGAUAUAUGGGAUUCGAUGAAGAGAAAAUAUCAAGGCUCAUCAAGGGUGAAGCGUGCACAACUUCAAGCCUUGAGAAGGGAUUUUGAAAAUCUACAGAUGAAGGAUGGAGAAUCUAUUAACAACUAUUUUGCAAGAACCAUGAGAUUGGCUAAUAAUAUGCGGUUUUAUGGGGAAAAGAUGGAUGAUGUCACUAUUGUUGAAAAGAUAUUGCAAUCUUUGACAGCAAAAUUUGACUACAUAGUUUGCUCAAUUGAAGAAUCAAAGGACAUAGAUGCACUCUCAAUUGAUGAACUUCAAAGCUCUUUAUUAGUUCAUGAACAGAAGAUCAACCGUAAUGUUACUGCUGAGGAGCAAGCUUAG